GGCAUUUUGAAAAACAAGUGGUCAAUACUCUACCUCCUGCUUAGCCUUAGUGAAGAUCCACGUAAGCAGUCUAACAAGGUAUCAAGUUAUGCCACGCUUUUUGCUCAAGCAUUGCCACGGGAUGCUCACUCAACCCCUUAUUACUAUGCCAGGCCUCAAAGCCUUCCAUUAAAUUAUCAAGACCGCAGUGCUCAGUCUGCCCAGAGUUCCUGCAGCAUGGGGAGCAGUGGGAUCAGCAGCAUCAGCCUCUAUGCUCUGAAUGGACCAACACCAACUCCACAGUCACUCCUUCCAGGACAAUCCUAUCAAGGUCCGGGUGUUGGAGAUUGCCUCCGUCAGCAAUUAGGGUCACGUCUUGCAUGGACUCUAACUGCAAACCAGCCUUCGUUACAAAACGCUACCUCAAAAGGUUUUCCGAAUGCUGUGUCCCGUGGUGUGCCAAGGUCAAGGCGAGACGGGGAUACAAGCGGCUCGGUUGAAGUAACUGAAGCAAAUCUUGUAAGAGAUGUUUUGUAUGUCUUCCAGGGAAUAGAUGGCAAAAACAUCAAAAUGUGCAAUUCUGAAAAUUGCUAUAAAGUGGAGGGAAAGGUGAGCUUGUCCAAAUCUCUCAGAGAUACUACAAGUAGGCUUGCAGAGCUCGGAUGGCUACAUAAUAAAAUAAGAAAAUACACAGACCAGAGGAGUUUGGAUCGUGCGUUUGGACUUGUGGGCCAGAGUUUUUGUGCAGCCUUACAUCAGGAACUUAAAGAAUACUACCGACUUUUGUCUGUUUUACAUUCUCAGUUGCAAUUGGAAGAUGAUCAGGGCGUGAAUUUGGGACUUGAGAGCAGUUUAACACUUCGCCGGCUUCUAGUCUGGACAUAUGAUCCUAAAAUAAGGUUAAAGACCCUUGCAGCACUUGUUGAUCACUGUCAAGGGAGAAAAGGUGGCGAACUAGCCUCAGCAGUUCAUGCCUAUACUAAAACAGGAGAUCCCUACAUGAGAUCUCUGGUUCAGCACAUUCUUGGCCUAGUAUCCCAUCCUGUACUGAAUUUCCUUUAUCGCUGGAUUUAUGAUGGAGAGCUGGAGGAUACAUACCAUGAGUUUUUUGUAGCUUCAGAUCCUACAGUUAAAACUGAUCGGUUGUGGCAUGACAAAUACUCUUUAAGGAAAUCAAUGAUCCCUUCCUUUAUUACAAUGGAGCAGUCAAAAAAGGUCCUCUUAAUAGGAAAAUCCAUAAACUUCUUGCAUCAAGUUUGUCAUGAUCAAACUCCCUCCACAAAGAUGAUUGCUGUGGCAAAAUCUGCAGAGUCGUCAAAAGAUGCUGCUGAUUUGUUCACAGAUCUGGAAAAUGCAUUUCAAGAGAAAAUUGAUGCAGCUUAUUUUGAGACCAGCAAAUACCUGCUGGAUGUUCUCAAUAAGAAGUACAAUUUACUGGAACACAUGCAAGCCAUGAGGCGAUACUUACUACUUGGUCAAGGAGACUUUAUCAGGCAUUUAAUGGACUUACUCAAGCCAGAGCUUGCACGACCAGCUACAACCUUAUAUCAGCAUAAUCUCACUGGAAUCCUUGAAACAGCGGUGAGGGCAACUAAUGCCCAGUUCGAUAAUCCUGAAAUUCUCAAACGAUUGGAUGUUCGACUUCUGGAGGUGUCUCCUGGCGACACUGGAUGGGAUGUCUUCAGCUUGGACUAUCAUGUUGAUGGGCCAAUAGCAACGGUAUUUACACGUGAGUGCAUGAGCCACUAUCUAAGAGUAUUUAAUUUCCUUUGGAGAGCAAAACGAAUGGAGUAUAUUCUUACUGAUAUAUGGAAAGGGCACAUGUGCAAUGCAAAGCUUCUGAAAAGUAUACCAGAGCUUUCUGGGGUGCUGCAUCAGUGUCACGUUCUGGCAUCAGAAAUGGUCCAUUUCAUUCAUCAAAUGCAGUAUUACAUUACAUUUGAGGUGCUUGAAUGUUCAUGGGAUGAACUCUGGAACAAGGUCCAACAAGCACAGGACUUGGAUCACAUCAUUGCAGCUCAUGAAGUUUUUCUAGACACAAUCAUAGCUCGGUGCUUGCUGGAUAGUGAUUCCAGGGUACUUCUCAACCAGCUCCGAGCUGUUUUUGAUCAGAUCAUUGAGCUCCAGAAUGCCCAAGAUGCAAUGUACAGAGCUGCUUUGGAGGAGUUGCAGCUGAGGUUGCAAUUUGAAGAGAGGAAAAAACAGCGUGAGCUUGAGGGACAGUGGGGUGUAACUGCAUCAGAAGAUGAAGAAGAGAGCAGGAGGAUGAAAGAAUUUCAAGACUCAAUACCCAAAAUGUGCUCACAGCUGCGAAUACUCACUCACUUUUACCAGGGAAUUGUCCAACAGUUCUUGGUCCUGCUGACAACCAGUUCUGAUGAAAGCCUUCGGUUUCUCAGCUUUAGAUUGGACUUCAAUGAACAUUAUAAAGCCAGAGAGCCAAGGCUUCGCGUGUCGUUGGGCACUAGAGGCAGACGAAGCUCCCAUAUGUGAAACAACUGCGAAGGACUGCACCUCGGUAUCCGAAGGAUGUUGAACCUCUUGUUGGACAAGGCAAUCAGUGUUGACAUAGUACCACCAAAUCGUGCGUGAUCGGUGUCUACCAUUUCUGGAGUCAACAUGUUUUUUGGUCGUGUGAUUGUGUGACACUGUAUAGCAGAAAGCAAAAAAAAGUAGGGUUUUUCUACACAGACAUUUCUAGAAUUACCAGACUAAAUGGGCUGAUUGAACCUCUUCCAACCAACUUCUUAAACCAUCCUUUUAAAAAGUUGCCAAUUUAAUUUGAAGCU